AUGCAGCAGCGCUCGGAGGAGUACUCGUACAUCUGGGGCACCGGCAUCGCCGUGGAAGUGUUUCGUGACGAGUUCCGCCGCUACCUUGAAACAUUUGCGCUCGGGCAGGUGGUGGCCGAUCCGUCGCGGCGCACGCCUCACUCCAACGGUCAUGGGGCGGCAGCGGCACGCACUUCUGCAACUGACACCGCCGCAGCAGCCGCCACGGCGUACGCAUUUCACGAGAAGUAUUACCUAAAGGAGUUCCUGCGCAUGCACAUGCAGGGCCGCAGCACGCUCGAGGUGGACUUUACCUGGUUGCAACGAGUGGCGCCGCGGCUGUACGUCCAGACGGUGCACCACCCCACCGAGUGCCUGCAGAUGAUGUCAGCCGUAGCCGAUGAGGUGUACCGUGAUGUGCUGCUGCUCCGCCACGGCAUCGAAGUGGCAGAAGACGUGCUCAUCACUGUGGCAGCGAAGAAGCUGCCCUCUAUGUGGACGCUGAAGCAGCUGAGUCCGCAACAAAUUGAGCAGCUGCUGAGCAUCAAAGGGAUGGUGAUUCGUGUCUCCAAGAUCAUUCCCGAGAUUCGAGUAGCGUGCUUUCAGUGCUGGAACUGCCAGUACCAGGAGCGGAGUGUGAGCGGGGACAAGGGCCGCAUCUUCGAGCCGACCCGCUGCGCGCACUGUGGAAAAACCUACUCCUUCAAGCUGCAGCACAACCUGUCGCUCUACGAGGACAAGCAGCUCGUCAAGGUGCAGGAGUCGCCGGAGCACGUCGCGGACGGCGAGACACCCAUCUCGAUCGGUGUCGUGGUGUAUGGUAACAUGGUCGACACAGUCGUGCCAGGCGACCGUGUCAUCAUCACGGGUGUGUACCGGUCCACCCCAAUUCGACUCAAUGCCAACACGCGCAUCAUCAAGAGCAUCUUCGCCACCCACAUCGACGCCGUCCACAUCGAGCUGGUGCGCGCGACCCGUGCGUCAGAGGCGGGGGCGAGGAAGGGCUCCUUCGCCAACGGCAACGCCACCGGCACCGCUCUCCAUGCCUCCAUGCUGGGGUCAGCGACCGCGAAGGAUGUGGAGGGCGACUUGUCCAGUGCGGCGCUGAUGGACACGGCGCGCCUCGACAUGUUCCACUCCCUCGCCCACCGCCCCGACAUCUACGACGUGCUCCUCCACUCCUUCGCCCGCACCAUCUGGGGCCACGACGACGUCAAGCGCGGCAUCCUGGCACAGCUCUUUGGCGGGACGGCGAAGACGUUCGUGUUCAGCGAGCGCAUCGGUAGCGGCGCCGCAGCGACGACGAGCAGCAACAGCGCUGUCUUCCGCUCCGAGCUCAACGUGCUGCUAUGUGGCGACCCCGGUGUGGCCAAGUCGCAGCUGCUCACGCAGGUGCACGAGAUCGCGCCGCGCGGCGUGUACACCUCCGGCAAGGGCAGCAGCAGCGUCGGCCUGACCGCCUUUGUUGUGCAGGACAGUGACACAGGGGAGCUGGUGCUGGAGCCGGGUGCGCUCGUCCUCUCGGAUCGCGGCCUGUGCUGCAUCGACGAGUUCGACAAGAUGAACGAGGCCACCCGGUCGGUGCUGCACGAAGUAAUGGAGCAGCAGACCUUGUCGAUCGCCAAGGCCGGCAUCAUUGCGCAGCUCAACGCCCGCACAUCCAUCCUAGCCGCGGCCAACCCGAAGGACUCGCAGUGGAAUGCGCAGCUGAACGUUGUCGAGAACCUUCAGAUCGAGCCGACGCUGCUCUCGCGAUUUGACCUCAUCUUCCUCCUCCUCGACUGCCACGACUCCGCGGAGGAUCGCCGGCUUGCCGCGCACGUUCUUUCGCUUUACAUGGACACCCCCCGUAGCGCGCGCACUCGGCGCGCCGUCACCAAUGGCAGUGAUGCGGCCGGCGGGCGUGUGCAGCCGCAGGGCAGUUGCAACGAGGAUGACACCGGUGAGGAGGACGAGGCGACGCAGUGGCGCAGUACCGCCAGUGCAGGGCAGCCAACCGCGACCUCAGAUGACGCCGCGGGCACUGCGAGCACGCACGUGGAUGCGGCUACCGGGCUGCCGGUGGAGGUGCAUAUGGAGCUGCAUGGCGAGGUGUUCCUGCAGGGUCCGCCCGAUGCGUCGUACAUGCCGGCCAGCAUCCUCUCCGAGUACAUCGCACUGGCGCGCGAGACCAUCUUUCCGAAGCUGACGGAGGCGUCGCACAAGAUGCUCGCACGGUGCUACGUGGAGCUGCGCCAGGCCCGCGGCAGCAGCUGCACCGUCUCAGCGACGUUGCGGCAGCUGGAGUCCAUGAUUCGCCUCUCCGAGGCCCGCGCAAAGAUGCGCUACAGCAGCGAGGUGUCCGUCGAGGACGUGGUGGAGGCGAAGCGCAUCAUCAGCGCCGCUCUGAAGAAAGCCGCCACGGACCCAACGACGGGGCUCAUCAACCUCGACAUGUUCCACGCCGCCGACCCCGGCAAGAACACGGUGGAGGGAAAUAUGCGGCGCCUGGAGGAGCUGCUAAAGCGCUGCUACCUCGCCAAGGGCCGGCGCAGCGUUUCCGUGGCGGAGUUGCGCUCCGUCUUCAACGAGCAGCAGUCCGGCGCAGCGCGGCCAGUAGCACCGGCGCAGUUUGUGGAGCUUCUCGCCCUUCUCUCCGGCGGCGACGUCGUGCAGUCCUUCACUGCCACGACAGUGGCCCUGGUGAUGGCCGGAGCAGCGCCAAUGUGA